UAUACCAAUCGCUAAACGAAAGAGAUUAGGAAGAUCAUCGGAAGGAUAUUAUAGAAGUGAUGCCUGGCGAGAUUUGUAGUCAGUGUAACUUGCCUUUAACAGAAGCGGGGCAUACAAGUAUUACGUCAUUUGUGGGGUUCGGCAAUCACCUAACAUGGCAACCGGUCUAUUACAAAUCAUUGAUACACUAUGUCGGCAGACAACUGGUAGAGAGAAACGACAAGCUUCGGCUACUUACAAGGUACUCAUAAUGUCGGUUUUAUAGUCUUUGUAAAGCUUCUGCAUUACACAGCAUUGGUAAAUAGCGUUUGUUCACAUACAAUUAAUAAAUCGGAGACUUGUAUCUUGGAAGAAGACACCGCUCAUUACCCUAUCACACUGAUUUUCUGCUUACCAUCAUGCCCAUUCUCAUAACUGGUGCAUCCGGAUACCUCGGAGGCUCGCUGCUUGCACAGCUACGCAACACCGCCCUCCCAGGAAAUGAGACUAUAUAUGCUCUAGUCAGGUCUCAAGAACAGGCAGAGGCAGUAAAGGAAUAUGACGUACUUCCUUUCACUCUCGAUUUGCAGGACGAGAAGAGUGUUACGAAGAACAUUGUAGAUGCGCAGAUCUUCGUCGUCUAUUUCCUUGUAGACGCUGUGAAUUGCGAUAUGCAGAUACCUCUAAUUAAAGCUCUCGGAGAGGUCAAGAGGCAGACCGGACGGGAAGUGCACUUUCUACACACCAGCGGCGCAAAGAUGUUUAGCGAGCAUGCAGGAAUGCCCACCGAUAGGAGACUUGUUGACACUGAUCCGGCAUUGUACGACCUCCAGAAAAGCUCCGAGUCUCCACACGAAUUCUUCACCAAAGCAGCGAAUACGAACAUCACCGUCAUCGAAACGGCCGAGAAAUACGGUGUUCGCAGCUACAUUUUUGUUCCAUGUAUCGUGUAUGGCGAAGGUAAAGGCUUUGGGAACAAAAUCUCGAUCCAGACUGUUGCGGUGGUCACAGCUGCGAAGGGUUCUGGCACCGUCUAUGAUGUCAACCCGGAAGACCGGACUUGGCCAGUAUGCCAUAUUGACGAUAACACAAAGCUUUAUGUAAAGCUGCUAAAGAGUAUUCUGAGUGGCGAGAAUCCAGGGUAUGGCAAGGACGGGUACUAUCUCGCUUCGUCUGGCAGUAUGGCGUGGUACGACAUAUACGCCGCCAUGGCAAAAGCACUUGCGAAGCGUGGGGUGAUCAGUAGCCCUGAUGUUGAGAGAGCAGACGAUGCCGCGCUUGACAAGAUGGCGCAGGCCUUGGGCUGUCCUAAAGAUAUGGUCGCAGUGCAGCUGGGUGGAAAAUGCACAUUCGAAGCAAAAAGGGCCUAUAGUUUGGGCUGGAGGCCGGAUCAUGCGCCGGAGCAUAUCGUCGAAGUGGCAGAUGCCGAGGUCGAGCUUAUCUUAAACCAUAUAGGAACGACCACUGGCAAAAUUACUAAGAGAUAGGAGAAAGAGCCAGAAGGAAUCUUCGACUCUUAUUUCUAGUAUGGACAAAGCAUCCCCAUAUUCAAGAAUCGAAAUAUCCUUCCAAUCAUCUCAU